UUUCCAGAGAGAAUGAUCGAAAUUAUUUCUCCUAAUCUAUUCAUUACAAGAUGAAUUGUCCAUGCUGUCAAUCAUUGUCAAAACACCGAAAGGAUAAACUAAUAACAUAUAAACUAAUCAGAAUCGACCGUUUUAAAAUAGCCUAUUCAAAAUCAGCUUUCAAAUGUUGUCAAACCUCUAAAAUGUAUGUUUGUAGGGUUAAUUAAUUUUAUAGCAGCCUUGUUUUUCCUGUUAUAAACUAAUGAUUUGUUUAUUUUUAGGAAAAAUUUUCCUUUAUACUGGUUCUAUUACUAUAAGAAUGAAACACGUUAUUGAUGAACUUGUUUUAUCUCUAACUCGAUAUUCAAUUUUGAAGGAUGAUAGACUUAUUAUAUUAUACUGUGAUUCAUUAACUCUGUAGCAUGCAAACCUAGUAAGUCCACUCUUCCUUGAAUAACCUUAUUAAUCUUGAAAUCAAUGUUACUAUCGCUGACAAGAUGACAAAGGUGCUAAACAAGUUGAAAAUUAUGAGAAACCAAAUAAUACAGCAAAUCAAUAAAAAUGACUCUAAUUCUGAAUCAAUUCUACAUGUGAAUUCGAUUGCUGACUGAUUCAUAGUUUUAAUUCAUUGAAUCUUCAACGCCUCAUCUUUUUUACUUCUAUCAAAACAAGUUACCAUCUUGACAAAACCAACAAUUUUUUGAUGAAUGAAAUAAGUUUUACAAGCUUUCGACUUAUUAAACAAAUUAAUUUUAUGCAAGAUUUAAUGGUUGAAAUUAGAUGACAUAGAAAGUGUUAAUAUAUGCUGCCUUAGCCAAACUGGAUUUAAUUGAAGAUCGAGAGCUAUUGUGAUAGCCAAUCAAUACCAAGCUCAGUGAUCAUGCAUUUUGACUCGAUCAAUAUUUUGUUUCAGUUUCGACGCAGUAUCAAUAUGCGAAUAAUUUUGAUUGCAGAAUCGUGAACAUACCAUCACUUGGUUUUUUGAAUCACUGUUAGUCAAUAGACCAAUGUGAUACAAAAAUUCAAACGACUCAAUUAACAACCAUCCAGAUGAAGGAAUGUGAUAUUUGACUGCAAAUGUCCUGAACAAUUGAAUUGCCAAAUUAACAGUUCUAUUAGAUUGUGCCAGUGAGUCUAAAUUUUAAAAGGCUUUGCAAUAAAAACCAAUCAAACUAAUCGUUGAUUGAAAUGAACACAACUGAUACUUUCUUAUCAAAGGCUGAAUCAUCUUUGAGAAACUGUAAAUCAUGGUUUGGUUCAAAUGACCCGCUCUUCUCUCUUUUUCAAACUGUUAUUUUGUUGGCAUUUUCAGUUCCCGCUAACUUCAACAUAGCUCGUUUCAUACACAAAGUAGUUUUAUUUAUUGGUUAUGGAAUCGGAUUAAUUUGGGCUGCAACUCGCUCAAUCAAUGGAUGGAACUCAGAUUUUCGUUCAUUAUUAACAUGGUAUGGCCUUUUCCUGGUUAUAAAUGGAUCUCAGCUGAUAAAUAUGCUCAUUCAACGGUUUCUCAAUCAAAUACCUCGACAUCUUCUUGAUCUUUACACCUCAACCUUUCAGCCUCUUGGAGUUACACCGAGAGAUUUUCUGGACUUGACUAAAUUUGGAACCAUUUUAAAUCUAUACUCCAAUGAAACCUAUGCCGUUGAAGGUUCCACUAAAUUAGGAGAAAAAAUUUCCAUCCUUCUCUCUGGAAAAUUACGAGUUACAUUUUCAAAGACAUUUCUUUAUGAAAUUGAGCCUAACAGAUUUAUUGAUCCAUUCGAGUUCAAGUACCAGUCUUUUUAUUGUCUUGCAGAUAAUCGACUGUCUUCCAACUCAAAUUUUGAAACAAAUUAUGAUGAUAGAUUUUUAAAAUAUCCUAGUUUUGAUAAUAUUCAAGAAAGGGAAACAAAUUUGUCAGUUUCUUAUGCUAAUGGUAAAUGUUUUACUCCUUCAGAGGCUAAUGUUUAUCAAGUGACAAUCUCAGCAGAUGAACCUUGUAAGCUAUUAACGUGGAGCACUUCCAGUUUUGUUGAAUUUUUGGACAGCCGUGAGCGACUGAAAUGUGUUGUAGAUGCUUGUAUUGGUAAAGAUAUAAUUCACAAGCUUUAUGGUUCUUAAUAAAAGCUGCCUUAAUUAGAGUAAAA